AUGGUCUUCACUUACAAGAAGCUGGAUCCGUCGCAAAAGGAGUUCCGGCUGCUCGAGGUCCAGCCCUCACUCGACGACAAGGCCCCAAUCGAGGCGCGCCUCAUUACGGUCAAGGAGUCCUCUGAGAUCCAGUACAUCGCCAUAUCGUCUCCCUACGGCGACCCCAACGCGAAGGAGAAGAUAACGGUCAACAAUCGCCCGGUCGUCAUAACGGCGCACCUGGCCUCGGCGCUGCGCAACGUCCGCGCUCUCUUCUUCCCCGUGCUCGCGCAGCACUUCCAGGAACCGCAACCGCACAAGCGCCCCCGCGGGGCUCCGCGGUGGCUGAAGCAGCUGUUCAGGGUCGGGAGCAGCAUCGCCAACGGAGGCCCCGGUCGGAGCAGCAACAGCACCAGCAGCAAGGGCAGCAACGAGAGCGGCACCGCCUCGGUGCUCCGGGUCUGGGUGGACAUGAUCUGCGUCAACCAGGGGUCGGACGUCGAGAAGUCGCAGCAGCACUCGACCAUCAGACAGAUCUAUCGCAACGCCGAGCUCGUCGUCGGCUGGCUGGGCGACAAGAUGGAGUACACCGACCUGGGGCUGGAGGCCAUCGCCUCUGUCGACGAGAUGAUGCCGGAGCGCUGGGGCGAUGCGGGCGACCAGGAGGAGAACCCCGAAGACUACGCGCCGACUCACCGCUGGGCCAGGACCGCCAUGAAGGAGUGGACCGCCGAGGUAGACGGCAUGCCGCCCAACCAGGGGCCGGCGUGGAUCGGGGCUACCGAUGUACUUUUGCGACCCUACUUUCAGCGGCGGUGGCUGCUCGAGGAACUCGCCGAGGCGAGGUACCCGGCCUUUAUGAUCGGCGACGUCAUAGUGCCGUGGAAACAAGUGCUUCGGGUGUUUAGGUUUAUUGAAGAAUUCAAGUAUCAAGAGUCUGACAUCUUUCCCAAGGAACUACGUGAACACAUGGCUCUCCUGCCGCUGGAGUCGACGCAAAAGCUCAUGGACGAGUUCUCACGGAAACAGGCCAGAGAGGAGGCGAGAAUCUUCACAGCGGCUUCCAGUAGGGCCACAUCGUCAAGUGCGUCAACCAAGUAG